GAACCGGCGCCAUUUUGUUGUGGCUUUGAGCGGUCGAGGUCGGUUGUUUGUUCAUGUGUCCGUGAGAGGAAAAGAAAGUACACGUACACACAUAAGCACCUGUACAGAAUAUAUUUAACUCAACGUCGAUUUACUUAAACAAAAAUAUUUUUAAAAACUUCUUUGCCUCGCAGAUCCGUUUUUGAAAUAUAAACAUAUAUAUAUAUCUAAAAAGCGUGAGCGAGGCCUAAGGGCGGAAGACGAUCCGGAGCAGCAAGGCCUGCAAACCAGUGGUUGAAAGGAAAAGAAUCAGCAUUAGGGCCGAGGAGAAAGGCUUCCAACGUUCAGAUUCGACCGGAUUCGCACAUUGUUUCAUUUUAAGAUUCUCCUGUGUUGAAAAAGGAGGACUGAUUUUCUACGGACUGCUAACAAACCCCUCAAAAAUCUACAAUAUUAUAUGUCCCUAUAUUUGAAGGAUGGAGCCCUAAUUGUUGCUACGCCUUCACUGCAAAAUCUGUGACAGUACAAAUUCUAUAACCAUCAAAUUUUAUGAAAAUUUCUCUGUGCAAUUUAUAACCUAGGUGGCAAUCAGAAAAGAUGGCAGAUGACUUGGAUAUUGAAGCAAUGCUCGAGGCACCUUACAGGAAGGAGGAUGAGAACAAGUCGAGCAAAGCCAAUGGACAAGAGGAGCGUAGUAAAAAGAAAAAGAAGAGCCGAAGUCGCAGUCACAGUCGUGAAAGGAAGAGAAGCAGAAGCAAAGAGCGCAGGCGCAGCAAAGAGCGAGACAGGAGGAGAAGCAGGAGCAGAGAGAGAAAGAGCAGCAAGAGUAGAGAACAUCGUCGCAGCCGAAGCAAGGACCGCCGGAGGGUAGAAAGAGGCCGCUAUAGGAGCCCAUUUUCUGGUCCAAAAUUCAGCAGUGGUAGCAGCAGCAGAGGGAAGAUUGGCAUGCAACCCGGUAUCAAAAUAAGUCGAAGGCGUUCUCGAAGCAGAAGCCCGCAUAAAAAGGAUAAAAGCCCAAUAAGGGAGCCAAUUGAUAACAUUUCACCCGAAGAAAGAGAUGCCCGAACAGUAUUCUGUAUGCAGCUUGCAGCACGGAUUCGACCGAGAGACUUGGAGGAAUUCUUUUCAUCGGUGGGAAAGGUUCGAGAUGUAAGAAUGAUAUCAGACAGGAACUCGAGACGUUCAAAAGGAAUUGCUUAUGUGGAGUUUGUUGAUGUGAGCUCUGUUCCACUCGCAAUAGGUUUGACUGGACAGAAGCUCUUGGGUGUGCCAAUUAUUGUUCAGGCUUCACAGGCUGAGAAGAACCGAGCUGCAGCCCUGGCUAACAACCUUCAGAAAGGCACUGCAGGACCAAUGAGGCUAUAUGUAGGAUCUUUGCACUUCAAUAUCACUGAAGAAAUGCUGAGAGGAAUUUUUGAGCCCUUUGGGAGAAUUGAAAACAUACAACUGAUGAUGGAUAGUGAAACGGGGCGUUCAAAGGGCUAUGGAUUCAUAACAUUUUCUGAUGCUGAGUGUGCAAAGAAGGCUCUGGAACAGCUGAAUGGCUUUGAACUUGCUGGUAGACCAAUGAAGGUUGGCCAUGUUACGGAACGGUCAGAUUCAUCCAAUGCCAGCUCAUUCCUAGACAGCGAUGAGCUGGAGAGGACCGGUAUUGAUCUUGGAACAACAGGACGCCUACAGUUGAUGGCUAGGCUCGCAGAAGGAACGGGAUUGCAAAUUCCCCCAGCAGCACAGCAAGCAUUGCAGAUGAGUGGCAAUAUUUCACUGGGCGCCAUGGCAGCGGUAACAGAUUUGCAAGCAAGAAUUAUCCAACAGACUGAAGCGCUGAAUCCCCCUGUGACUGUAAAUACCCCACCGAUAGCAACGCAGUGUUUCCAGCUCUCCAAUAUGUUUAACCCACAGUCGGAAGAUGAUCCAGCCUGGGACCAAGAAAUUCGAGAUGAUGUAAUUGAAGAAUGCAACAAACAUGGAGGAGUAAUUCACAUAUUUGUGGACAAAAAUUCGCCCCAGGGAAACGUCUAUGUGAAGUGUCCGACUAUUGCUGCUGCAGCUGCUGCUGUUGGUGCAUUGCAUGGAAGAUGGUUUGCUGGAAAAAUGAUCACUGCUGCCUAUGUGCCACUUCCAACCUACCACAACCUCUUCCCAGAUUCAAUGACAACUACCCAGCUGCUGACUCCAGCAAGACGAUAGGAGGUGCAAGGAAACUGAAUUUCCAUCUAAUUUGGAGGAAUGGACAAUUAUAUAGUGGUCACCUGUACAGAUGAUGCAAGUGAAAAGUACUGGGGGAAACUCGUACAACUCCCAAUGAACUUAUGACAAAUGUUUUUUUCAAUCUUGCCGAGCCCUAGUGGAAGGAAAUAAAAUGGCAGAAGUAGAUUUACACAAACGCCCUCAGGCUGUUUUAUUUUGAUUUUUGGUGCAGUGUACUACACUUCGAUGUCACAGCAUUGAUGAUCUGAUCAGCAAAAAGCCUACGAAUAUUGAAAGACAGUUUUAUUUGGGGCUUUGAAGUUAAGUUAUUUUUGUGGUGUCUGUAAUAAGACUACUGCAGUCAAGUGGACUCCAUAGAAAUAGCACUGCACUCUUUUUACCCAUUUUAAGUUACAUGUUUAGUUAAUUGAUUUUGGUGUUCUUCUGAUCAGACUUGGCAGAUGAGCCUAUUAAAUUUUUUAAAAAUAUCAGUUCAUAAACAUUUUGUGAAAAUACUAUUGCAUCUAAGUGCGGUAUUGGAAAAGGUAAUCUUCAAAGACAUAGGUUGCAGCUCUUGUGAAUUAAAGGCUGCACAGUUAAUACUCGGAGUACUGACCAUUCACUGCAUUUAUUCUGCUAACUGUGUGGCGUCCCAGUUGAUUCAGCAAGAUGAGGGUUAGUGGCCCUCUUGAAACAAUCUAUGAGGCAAGUUAAAUGGAAUGUUGAAGUGAGUUUACAUAGAAUCCAGAAAAGAGGCCCAAUUAAGCUUCUUUAGUCUAACUGGAAAAGUGGCCCUCUCUGUGGCUACAGAUUUGUUUUUGAUUGUUGUUGGUGAUUCAUAUUGCCAACCAUUUUAGGCUGAUGUAUUGAUAGCCUGGAGUUCAAACAUGACGCAGUUUACACUGAUAUCCAGAAGUUUGGAUAGUAUCAGUUGGAAAUAUACUGGGGAUAUAUUCAGAUUUUAAUUUACGUGAGGAGUGUACAAUGGGCGAAAUUUCAGCCAGUUUCCAUUCCAUGUUCAUAAUUGAUAACUGGAGUGGUUUUCUAUACCAGACUCAGCCUCAGCCUGUCUAAUAUUAGAAACGUGAUUACACCUAGUUCUAGAAAGCGUUAAAACUAGGUUUGGCUAGCAUUCUUAUGACCAAAGUUCUGGGUUUUCAUUAUAUAAAAGUUAAUUUGCAAAGAAACGGAGUUUAAAUAGCCUUUGUGUACAGUUGGUCUUUAGGCAACAGUUUAAGAUUAAAGCUAUUGUAUAUACAGUUGGCCUUAUUUGGUCCUUUCUCAGUGGUGACCUUCACCCCCCUCAUGAGCUUUUCUUAUGUAAAUACAGUUAUAACAGUGAUGUGCUAUCCUUGUGCUUCCAUAGGAUCGAGGCCAGACAAACUUAAUCUUACCUUAAAAUACCUAAACUUGUGGUUGAAUAAAGAAGGGGGAGAUGGGGGGUGUGGUGGAGGGGCGAGAAAUAAAGCCAAGAAUUAACAGAGUGGGAAAUGAAACACUGCAAUAUUGCUGAAUCGGGAAGGAAGCUACAAACAACUACAAACCUCAUUAGUCAGGCUUCCCUGACUCAAAGCAAGAAGUAUUACUAUCCACCGUUUGUAAUUGAUGAAGGAGAUCAAGGUGCAGUUAAUAUUGGUGGUGAUGUCAGUUCACAAGGCUUGACUAUGGGCAGGCUUAAAUUGUAGUUUGAAGUUAUUUUUUCCUUAUUGCAAGUUUCGUUUUUUUUUAAACCAUUGUCAAGAGAGCCAAAUAUAAUUUUCAGUGCACCUUCUAUUGGAUAUUAAUUACAGGUAAGCAUAGUCUUUCUGUAAUUUAAUUUCAUGUGCUUAGAAUAACCCAAGGCCAGUUUAAAGGAAUUUUGGUUCUCACUGCCUUUAUAUUGUAGAAAACCUUCAGGAAAAACAUUGGAAAAGUUCAUAAAGAUUUCUUUGUAAAUGCACAAUCUAAGAAAUUAAGAUGAAAAGGGUAAUAAUAAUUUUGUCUGGCCAUGCGUGGUGUCUUUUGCUGUUUUUUUUUUAAGCUCUAUGAGCUCCGGAGUGUAAACAUUACCUUUUUUUCCCUUCUCUAGUGUGAUUUAAAAGCAGCCUGGUAUUUCUAUUCCAAAGUAAGGAUUUUGUAAUUGGUAUAAAUUUUGUAUAAAAAAUGCAAAAUCACUCAAUAAAUAAGAGAAAAACA